UAUGUCAAAAAAAUUUCAUUUUAGGGUUUUAGAUUUUUAGAAAUUUCUAAUCAGGAUGUUGCGAGAUACGAAACUCGGGAGACGAAUCUCGGGCAAGCAUUUAACUUUUGAAGAAACCGAAAAUGUAAACCCAAAUCAUGAACUAUCUCAAAACCCUAAAAAAUCGGAGCAAGAUUCAGGGUUUAAAAGCACCAAACUUUUUAAAACACCCACCAAACAGAAAUCAAGAAACAUGGAUUUUGGGAUGUCGAUGAGAACACCCGAAAAGCAAGGGGCUUUUUCGAGAAAUCGAGACGAAGGACGAGUUGGGUUUACUCCUAGGUCAUGUAGGACUGUUGGGAAAGUUUAUCAGGAGGCUAAUUCUACUUUUAGUACACCAUCGAAGACCGUAAGUAGACCUCCGAAUACGGGUUUGCUUUAUACAGGUAGUUCUAGGCCGCCGGUUAAUGGAGGUGGACGAACAAGUAAUUUUACUGCGUUAUCUAAAGGAAUUCCGGUGACGUAUAACAGUUUUACGACUGUAAAUGCCGUUGAUGUUCCACAUUUUGAGCUAAGAGAAGAUCCAUCUUUCUGGAUGGAUCAUAAUGUUCAAGUUAUGAUUCGUGUUCGACCACUAAAUGGCACGGAGAUAAGGGCACAGGGCUAUAACAGGUGUUUGAAACAAGAGAGUGCCCAAUCCUUAACAUGGGUUGGGCAUCCGGAGACUCGGUUCACAUUCGACCAUGUUGCUUGUGAAACGAUUAAUCAGGAAACACUUUUUAAGAUGGUUGGCUUGCCAAUGGUGGAAAAUUGCUUGUCAGGAUACAACAGCUGUAUGUUUGCAUACGGGCAGACUGGAAGUGGGAAGACUCACACAAUGCUUGGUGAGAUUAAUGAUCUUGAACUAAAACCAAGCCCAUAUCGGGGGAUGACACCACGGAUCUUUGAGUUCUUAUUUGCUAGAAUCACCGCGGAAGAGGAAAGUCGAAAGGAUGAAAGACUUGUGUACAGCUGCAAGUGUUCUUUCUUGGAAAUUUACAAUGAACAGAUAACUGAUCUUCUCGAUCCUUCAACUUCAAAUUUACAACUGCGGGAAGAUGUUAAUAAUGGCGUAUAUGUUGAAAACCUUAGUGAAUAUGAAGUGUGUAGCGUGGGUGAUAUUCUUAAGCUUCUAACUCAGGGUUCUGCAAAUAGAAGAGUCGCUGCUACAAACAUGAAUAGAGAAAGCAGUCGUUCACACAGUGUUUUUACAUGUGUGAUUGAAAGUAGAUGGGAGAAAGACUCCACAUCCAACCUGCGAUAUGCAAGGCUAAAUCUUGUUGAUUUAGCUGGUUCAGAAAGGCAAAAAUCCUCUGGUGCUGAAGGUGAACGCUUAAAAGAAGCUUCAAGUAUUAACAAGUCAUUAUCUACGCUUGGUCAUGUGAUUAUGGUUCUCGUGGACGCUGCUCAUGCAAGGACACAACAUGUUCCUUAUCGAGAUUCCAAGCUCACAUUUCUUCUUCAGGAUUCAUUGGGUGGAAACUCGAAAACAAUGAUAAUUGCUAAUGUCAGCCCAUCAAUAAGUUCUGCCUUCGAGACAUUAAGCACGUUAAAGUUUGCCCAGCGUGCAAAACUCAUCCAGAACAAUGCCGUGAUUAAUGAAGACGCAUCAGGAGAUGUUGUCGCACUGAAACAUCAGAUUAGACUUCUCAAGCAAGAGCUUGCGUUGCAUAAACGCUACAGUAUAUCUAGGUCUCUAGCAUUUAGUUCAAAAGAUGAGAAUGGUAGCAAUACAAGUUCAGUUGGAGAUGAUGACAAAAUUCUCAGGGUGUCUUGUCAACAGUUGAAGGCCUUGGAGACUUCAUUAAAUGGAGCCUUAAGGAGAGAGAGAUCAACCGAAAAUUCUAUUAAACAUCUUGAAGCAGAAAUUGAACAGUUGAACUGUCUGAUUCAUCAAAGGGAGGAGGAAAACAGGUGCACGAAGAUGAUGUUGAAAUUUCGAGAAGACAAAAUUCAGAGAAUGGAGUCUGUUCUUGGUGGAAUAGUACCUGUUGACUCUCACUUGCUUGAAGAAAACAAUACCCUCAAAGAUGAAAUCGAAAUUCUUCGUGCAAAAGUUGAUAAGAACCCAGAAGUGACACGAUUUGCUGUGGAAAAUAUCCGGCUUCUUGAUCAACUUAAAAGAUAUCAAGAUUACUGCGAAGAAGGGGAGAGGGAAAUGUUGUUGACUGAGGUAUCUGAAUUGAGAAAUCAGGUAAUUUUAAUUCAUUCACAACAAGAGAAUCAUAUGAAUCCAUAUAUGGAAAAGGAAGCUGCAGACGACAAAAAAGAAAUUUCUCUUCUCCAAUCAGAGUUGAAAAAGAGUCGAGAAGAGUUAGACAAGUGCAGGGAUAACCUGAAUUCUUGCCUAGAGAAAAAUGCAAUACUCUGCAGAGAGAUUCUUGAAUUAAAUGCUUCACUGGAAAUGAAAAAAUCUGUCCAGGAGGGUGACAUUGAGGUCGCAAAGGAACCCAUAUUGGAAUCUUCUUCACAUGGUGAUCAGUAUUCUCAAAAGAAAAAUGAAAUUCUUGGAAGGGACAAGGAAGAAGUAGUGGAUUUACAACUGGAGAUAGAAAUUCUUAAGAUUAUGCUUAAGGAGGAGAGAUCGGCCCGUGGGGAAACAGAAGAAAAGUUUCUGUUGGUAACAAAACAAUGUGAAAACUUAAGGGAAGAGCUGCUUGAAGCACAAUCUGUCAUUGAAGCUCUAGAGAUUUUACAGCUUGCGUCAAUCAAUGGGCUGGAAGAUUCAAAAAAUGGCAAUAAGCAGAAUGAUGAAAUAUUGCAGAAUCAAGGGAUUGAAAUGACAUCUUUGAACAGUAAGAAUAUAUGUGAAGCAUCAAAAAACCAUUUGGAAAACAGAGAAUCAUCUUUACAAGAAAAGUUGAAAAAGGUUCAGGAUUCUCUUGAAAAGGCCAUGAAGUUGAAUAUGUGGUACCAAACUGAUCAGGCAUAUCAUGCAUCUAAUGAAGAAGAAAUGGAUGAGGUGCGCAAGCAAGUUGAAGCUGAAACUACAGAUGUCAUAGUCUGUUUGCAGGAAGAACUGGGCUCUUUUCAGAAGCAAAUGGAUGAACGUAUCCUGAUAGAAAAAGAGACCCAACAAAAAUGGAGACAAAAGUGCGAAGAGUAUGACUUGCUGGCUAGUGAGAUUGCUGAGGUGCUUAGUGUGAGCCACAAGGCACUUGACGAUGCCUCGAACCAGCUUAGUAUCGUAAAAGAAAGAUGGGUUUCUGAGCCAUUACAGAUUAUUGCAAGAGACAUAUCUGAAAAGGAGUUAAGGAUUGCAGAACUUAACUCAUGUUUAGAGGAUGCAAAAAGCAGAUGUGGCGAGCUGGAGUCUAUGUUGAGGUCAUUAAGAGGGGCAACCUUGGUUAUGUCAGAAGCCCACCAGCAAGAUGGCACCAAAAAAGAUCAAAAAAUUGAUCAACUAUUAUCACAGUUAAGCGAAAAAGAUUCCAUCAUAAUACAGUUGGAAGAGCAAAUAAAGGUAUAUGAGGGUGAGCUGACUGAUGCACGGCUAAAUGCAGCACAACAAGCAGUGGAAUCUUGUUGUUAUCAUGAUAAACUUGUUGAAAUCCAAAACAACAAUAAAGAAGCUGGCAUUGUGAUCAACAGCCUAUUCUCCGAAAAUGAAGCAAUGAAGUCUGACAUUACAGAGUUGAAUUCGGUUCGCCAAAGACAGAUUGAAAUCGAUACUGUUGGAGAAUUAAGAUGUUUGGAAGAGAAGCUAGUGACGGGUUUCUUUGCCAAAGAGACCGAGUUAUUUAUCUUGUCCUCAAAACUAGAACAAGUGUCAUUAGAAAAUAAUGGACUUGAAAAGCAGAUAAUUAGUAUGUCUGCGGUCCUUGAGAAGUUUAAGGAAGAAAUAAUUAUUUUGGUCAUAGAUAUGCAAUAUAAAAAUAGUCUCUUGCUGGAAAAAGAUGCUGAGAUUGGUCUUUUGCAGAAUGAAAUCAAGAUGCAGAAAAAAGCUUUCGAGAUUUCAUCAUGCAAAAUUCAAUAUGAACUGGAAGCCAAGGCCGUAGAGUUGAGCAAUAUGAGAUUAGAAAUGGAUGAAAAUGAGUCACUCAUAGUCAUGAUAAGAAACCAGAAAGAUGUGGUCGAAGCUUUAGAGUAUGAACUUUAUGAAAACAUUGUAAAAGGUCAGGUUCUUGAAGCUCAGUUGAAAGAACUCUCCAGAGAAUGCAAGUAUUCGGAAUCGCUAUCUUCUGAGAUUCAUUUUCUGAAAGAAGAUGUGGAAGGUAUCUUGAAAGCAAAAGAGUUGACUGAAGAGCAGCUUUCAGAGACAAAGCAGGUUGUGGAGAGAUUAGAAAUAGAAGUUCUUGAAAUCAAAAUUGCUCUUGACAAAAAGAACACUUUGGUGGAAUCAUUGACGGGAGAUCUGGAAAGUGUUAUCUGUGAAAGAAAUGAUCUCUAUGUUGAGCUUCUUAGAGCAAGGAAGGAGGUAGAGAUGACAGAUGCCUUCACUCAAGAAAAUGAGGCAAUCGCUACUAAAGCAGAACAACUAUAUGAGCUCGAAAUUACGGAUGCAAAGGUACUCGCAGCACAGUAUGCAGUGGAAUCUUCCUGUUAUCUGGAUAAAUUUGUAGAAACCCAAAACAGUAUUAUAAAAGCAGAUUUAAUUAUCAAAAAGUUGAUAUCUGAAAAUGAAAAAAUGAAGAUUGACAUUGCAGCUCUGAAAGGAAAAGAAGUUGCUUUUAUGAAUGAAAAUGAUAUGCUGAAGGACAGCUAUUCACUUCUUGAAAAACAGCUUAAAUUAGAAGUAGAAGAACUUGAGUGUAUGAUUCUACAUAUUCAGGCUACAGUAGAUGAAGAUCUCAUGGCAAUGACCUCUGGUUUCUUAGACGUCAAGUCUCGGUUUCAUGACACAAAUAAGUCAGUACAGACAUGGUGUGAAGAGAUCUGGUCUGAGAUAAUUGCAAAGGGUUGGGCUAUAUCAAUUUUGCAUGUUUGUUACAUGGGGGUUUUGAAAGAAAGUGUGUCUGGCUUUAGUGCAGAAAAUAGUCUCCUUUACCAUGACCUUUGUGUAUCACAUUCUCUGGUGUCUCAGCUAAGUGAGCACAAUGGUAAUUCAAGAAGAGAACUAGAAGCUUGUAGCUUUAUACAAGGGAGGCUAUUGACUGAUAUCAAGAAUAGUUAUGAUCGUAUUUCAAGCAUAGAAGAAGAAGCUGAGAAACUCUCGAUCAAAGUAACUAGUUGUGAGAAGAAGAUUCAAGACCUACAGGUUUUGGAUGAAGCAAUGUUAAAAUGGUCUACUCGUAUGGGACAUGACCUCUCUAUGCUAAUGAAGGAAGUGACAAAUGAAAACAAUGAAGAUUUAAGAUGUUUGGAAGAGAAGACAGUGACUGAUCUGUCAGCAAAAGAGAUUGAAGUACUUAUCAUGUUGUCAAAACUUGAACAAAUGGCUUCAGAAUCUCAUGAUCUUCAAAAGGAGUUUGAAAAGAGUAAACAGUACGCUUCGGAGAAGGAAGAGGAGGUAAAACUUUAUGAGAAGUCAGUGGAAGAGCUCGAAAGCACUAUUAGUGUACUUGAGAACCAGGUCAAUAUGGUCAAAGCAGAUGCUGAAAGACAACGGUUAAAGAGGGAAGAACUUGAAUUAGAGCUUCAGAAAGUUCAACAGAAAGAACAGUUGCUUACUAUGGAAAAUGAAAGUAUCAAGACCGAGAACGCCAAUCACAAAACGAAGCUCAUUGAGCUUGAAGAUGAAGUAAAGAAGUUGUCAGGGCAACAAAAUUUGCAACAACGUAUUCAUCAUCUUGCGAAAAUAAAGGAGGAAAACAAUGUGCUAAAGAAACAGAAUGAUGAAAUUAGUCUUAAGCUUAGAAGAGCGGAAGCCAUAGUUGCCAGAGUCAAGGAAGAGCUUGCUAACUUACGUGCAAAUGGGAAAUCAGCAGCACGUUGACUCUCAAGGAAGCUGAGAAUAACAUAAAUCUGAGCAACAAGAGUUACAAGACCUUAGCCACGGGGCCGCUCUUGAAACAAAAGCAAGAGCUCUGCUGUGAAGUGAAAUUGACUAUUUUUGGACUAGUGAUGAUCACUAUUGAUUCAUCAAGGUCAUAGAUCAAGAAACCUAACAGUAAGGUAUAUAUCAAGAUAUUCAUAUUUUUGAUUGAAGAAUCUCAAUUGAGAUUUGCACAUUCAAGAUUUCUUGAAACGACAAAGUUAAUGUUUGUGGGUAUAGCUUAAGCUAAGCUUAGGUACUUAACUAGUAACUAAUUGAUGUUGUGGAAGAUGUAUAUAUAAAGUUUAGUUGCAUAGUUCUUUCUCAUCUGUAAAUACGCAGGAAGUAAUCAA